UGCUGCGCACAUCGGGAAGAGGAAGUUUCAGUUAGUCUCUCACCAAAUUUUAAACUGCUGUGCUCGGACGUUCAUGCGUUCAUAAUUCAGCUGAGCCAUAAAGUGAAAUACCAUCUUAACCAGGAAUGAAACAAGAAUACCAAGACCUGAUUUUGCAAGCCACAGGAGCAGAGGCUUUGCUUAUUGGUGCCAAGAUUCAGACCCUUUGGAGUGGCUAUGGGGAGAUUGUGAGGGUUCAUUUGGAAGGCAGCGACCGCCCCUCAGUUGUCGUCAAGCAUGUGGUUUUUCCACAGAAGUCAGCUCACCCUAGUGGCUGGAACACAGACCUGUCUCACCUGCGCAAGGUGAGGUCCUACCAGGUGGAGACUCACUGGUACCAGCACUACUCCACCGAUAGCGAGUGUCGGGUGCCCAACUGUCUUGCUGCCCGUUCCUUCGGGGAUGAACAGCUGAUCGUACUGGAGGACCUCGACGUGGCGGGUUUCGACCAGCGGAGGACCAGCGUCGGCGUGAAGGAAAUAAGAGCGUGUCUAUGCUGGCUAGCCCACUUCCAUGCCCGCUUCCUAGGCGUGGCCCCAGAGGGACUCUGGCCAAUCGGGACUUACUGGCACCUGGAGACACGCCCAGAUGAGCUGGAGGCUAUGGGAGACCAGGAACUGAAAGCUGCAGCAGGGAAAAUUGACGAGGUACUCAACAGCUGCCGUUUCAAGACCAUCGUCCACGGCGAUGCCAAGCUGGCUAACUUCUGCUUCUCCAGGCAGGGGUCAGAGGUCGCAGCAGUGGACUUCCAGUAUGUGGGAGGAGGCUGUGGUAUGAAGGAUCUUGUGUACUUCUUGGGGAGCUGCUUGGAUGAAAAAGAAUGUGAGAAACAAGUGCCCGACCUUCUGGACUACUACUUCCUGGAGCUGAGGGGUGCAGUGGGUGACCAGGUGAAUGUUGAAGAGCUGGAGGCAGAGUGGCGAGAGUUGUUUGCUUACGCUUGGACAGACUUUCACCGCUUCCUGCUGGGCUGGAUGCCGGGUCACCGCAAGAUCAACAAGUACAGCAAGAGGCUGACCAGAGAGGUCUUGCGUAAACUCUGACUUUCUGUCCGCCUCACUGUCCUGUAAUCAUGGCACACAUCACAUCCAGCUCACCUUUAAUGCUUUUGGUGGUCUUGAGAGGGGGGACAUGUCAGACUAGCAUUCUGAAUUAACCCUAACUGUCAUUGUGUUGAUGUAUGGUGACCAUUGGUUGUGGCAUUCUCAUGCUGUUGUUGUAAAACACACUGCUUGCAUGUUUAUGAAAGCUGGCAGGUCACAGACUGCUCGUUCAGAUGUCAGACAGGAUCCAUACUGUCUUCAUACUGUUAUUCACUUGAAACCCAGAGCUAAAGUGAAGAUGUGAUUGUGUUUAUGUGUAUUCCUGUGGUUUCAUAUGUAGUAUGUGCUUCCUCUGCUCCUGUUAAUGUGAUCUUUGUUUGGAUCUUAUUGUCGUGUUUAUGACAGGUCAAACACAGUCUUCCAUUUAUAAAGGAAAGCACAUCUGCAGUGUGUUGUUUGUUCUCCCAGUGUUGUGAGAUUUGUUCUGUUAUGUGAUGAAAGUGAGAAACUGAUUGUUUCCAGAUCAAUGUAAUUAAAGAAACCCCUGAGUCUA